UCUAUCCUCGCAAGCUCCUCGUGCGCCUGUGUCAUCUGCCUUACCUGCUCCUGCUAUCCGUGCUGCACCUGGUGUGGGUGGCACAGGGGCAGGAACAGGCGAGGGGACGGACGGGCAUGGAGUCGAGAGGGAGGAGCAGCACCAGGGAAAUGAGCUCGAGAUUGGGGGCACCGGUUAUUUGGCUGGUGGCGGUGCUUGUGGUGAUGCGGGGGGGGCUAAUUUCCUGGACGUGGAUGUGUUUGGAUGGCUUGCGGAAGACUCACCCUUCGGAGGGUCACCAGCCAAGGCCAUGCCCACGGCUGAGCCUGUAGAGGAGAGGGAGACAGAUACCCCCAGCAGCAGCAGCUGUGAGGUGGGUGGAGGCGGAGGAGGGGACAUCACCGCUGCCACCCACACCGCAGACACACCAGCCCCUCUUGUCACCUCAAAUUAUGCUUGCCACUCGGCCACAACUUUAACGUCUGCAGCAACAGCAUCACCAACAGCAACAGCAACAGCAACAGCAACAGCAACAGCAACAGCAGCAGCAACAGCAGCAGCAGCAUCAGCUCCGGGUUCCACUCAAGGGCCUCCGUCCACCACUACACUUGCGCCUCCUCAUGCUGCUGCUGCUGCUGCAGCGGCGUCUGCUGCAACUUCACCUGCUGGCGCUUCGCUUACUGCAGUUGUCCCCAGCAACCCCAGCUCCAAGCAGAAGAAGCCUUCAGCCCGACCUGCUGCUGCUGCUGCUGCUGCUGGCAAUUCUGUUGCCAAAACCACCAAACUGAGCAAACCCACCAAAGCUGCUUCCGUUACCAAGACUACUACUGGGGCUACUGCUCCUCCUCUUCCUCCUCCUCCUCCUCCUCCUCCUGUUGCUGCUGCUGUUACCACGAAGGUGGGAGGACAUGGCAAGAAGGCGGCUGCUGUCACAGCAAAUAAAGCAGCUGCUAUUGUGUCUGCAGCUGCACCUGCACCUGCUACUCCCUCCACUCCUUCCGCUGCAAAGGCCAGCGUGGGUGGCAUCGCUGGCCCUGCCAUGGCAGCUACCCCUGUUGCUUCCGGCAGAGCCAUGGAUGCUGCACGGGCUGCUGGGGCUGCUGGGGCUGGGGCUGCUGUGCCCUCGUCUCUUGGUCCAAAGGCCGUGCUGGCUAGGAUCAGAAGCGGCAAGGUCGCUGCUGCUAUGGCUGCUGCCUCUGCUGCUGGUCAACGAUCUCCCCCCUUUGUUACAGCUGCGCAGAAGGCUACAGCGGUCGCUCUGCCGGCCGUAGUGAACAAAGACGUGAUUCGAAAAGGAGGAGCACCAGCAGCAGCAGCCGGAGGAGGAGAGGUGCAGAAAACAGGAGUGGUGUUGGGUGCAACAGGAGGGGCAGUUUCAGGCAUUGCCCGGCGUGGAGGCUCGUUGAACCCCUCUCCUCGACUCACUGCAGCCCUGUCUUCUGUUCGUGGUGGAGGUAACCGAUGAACAAAAAGUAUGGUAAAGCUUACCAUAGUAUGCGAGUGUUGUAGGGCGAGCGAAAGAUGUUACACUUCGAGUGUAGGGAACCUGAGUAGGACGUUUGUGGGUUGCCAUUGGUCCGUUUAAGCUGGCUAAAUACACGUGUUUCUGCACU